UAUACUGAAACUUACAGUGUUCAUGAUUCUGAACAGAAAUAAAAAACUGGUAUAUUCCAACAAUUUCCAUUGUAUCGUGUCUCACAUUGGUUUGAAACGCAGAGGCCAAAAGAAGAAUAAUUGAAUAGAAUAGCUAGAAAAAAAAUAUUUAUUAUUUAUUUUGGAGAUUGACAUAGUCGAGCAAAAUUGUAAAUAAUUAUCUAAUGGAUGGAAUUUGGAUUCAUACGAUCAUUUCCUCAUAGAAGGUAGUAUACAAAUAUCAUAAUGGAGGGAUCACAAUCAUCUUCAAGUAGAGAAAUAACUCGAGAAGAGUAUAUAAACAGCUUGAACCAGUGGCUUGAUAGUGCCAGAUUAUGGGGUGAAUAUUCAAGACAUUAUUUCCUAUGCUCCGGUUUGGCAAACGAAAAUACACCUUCUUUUCCAAGUCCAAAUCUUGAUCCAUCCAGAUUAAGACAGCAGCAGCUGGGUGCACAAAAUGGUCCUAGAAAUCCACGAUUUGCACCUGGAACCCAUGAAUUUGUUAUUCCUCCUAUGUGGAAGCGAUUGGUUGCAGAGCUCCUAGACUUCGCAAUACUGUUGAUAAUAAAAUUGAUAUUGACAUUUGCUGCUGUAGAAACCUUCAAUUUUGUAACCGUUGAAAAUUUGGGCCUUGCCACAAUUGAAAAAUAUUUACAAAAUCCAAGGAUGGCAAUGCAAAUGUAUAUGGAGACAUUGAGUUUAGAACUUUUGCAUCGAUGUGUUGUUUGUUGCUACGAGGUCUAUUGGUUGAGAGGUGGGCUUUGUGCCACUCCAGGCAAAAGGUACAUGGGAUUGAUGGUCAUACAAGUUGAUGAUAUCCUCCCUGUACCUGGCCAUUUAGAAAAUAAAGUGAGGGUAACUUCCUGUUCUAGUCUUGGAUUCCAAAAUGCAUUAACAAGGGCCAUUUUAAAAAACUUGUUUAUAGCAUUUCUGUUACCAAUAUGUGUCACCAUGUACAUCUUCCGAUAUAAUCGUACAGGGUAUGACUUAAUGUCCAAAAGUCUUGUGGUUGAAUAUAAUCCGAAUGUGCAUCCAAUUGAUUAAUUACCAAUUUUUUUUUAUAUGAGUAACAACAUUGUUAUAUCAAUAAAUAAAAUAUUUUGUUACA